AUGCUCACAGCCCUCACAAAGCACUGGCGACUGGCGCUCGCCCUCCUCCCUCUUCUUUGCAUACCAGCGCUUAGCGUCAGCACGCAGCGUCCUGGCUUCGAUGCGGGCUGCUUCCGCUACGAUCAUACAUCGUUCGACAGUCACACCGAGUUCCAUCUCGUCCCCCGCAACAACGGCAAUGCCACUCACAAGGGCGCCCACCCUGUGACAAAGGGUCCACCUAGGCUCAGGCCCAAGUCUGACUUCCACGUCGAUGGCAAGCACCUCCCCGGCGUGUCUGAGGCCAUCGGUGAUGUCGGGGACAGCUGGGCUGGUCUCAUGCCUGUCAGCAAGGAUCCGAAGAAUAAGGCAAAAUAUUUCUUUUGGCUAUGGCCUCCUGCGGGGAAGGUAGGGAACGACACGCUGACCAUUUGGAUCAACGGCGGGCCAGGAUGCAGCUCCAUGACUGGGAUGCUGGAUGAGAAUGGACCUUUCAAUGUGCGCGGGACGCCAGAGAACAAGACCGUCGUGACGAGAAAUCCGCAUGGGUGGAACCAGGCGGGAUGGAUCGUCUACGUGGACCAGCCCGAGGGCACUGGCUUCUCGCGUACCGCCAAGCCCUCAGCGCGCAAUGAACGUGAUGUUGCCGUUGCCUUCUCCGGUUUCCUCGACAGCUUCUACGAGACCUUUACCGAGAUGAAAGGCAAGAAGCUUUACCUGACCGGCGAGUCCUACGCCGGCUACUACGUGCCCAACAUCGCGUCCUACAUUGUCGAGCAGGGCAACAAGUUUGGCUUGCAUGGCAUCGGAAUCAUUGACGGGGUGAUUAGCGACAUUAACUGGUACCUCGACAUCCCCGUCAUGCCCUACCUCCGCAAGUAUAACAAGCGCUACUUUGGCUUCCCGGAGAAGCUCAUGGCCGAAUUUGAGAAGAAUGUGACCGAGGUGCUGGGCCUCAAGGACUUUGUGAAGAAUAACCUCAAGUUCCCGGCCAUGAAGGGCCCCUUGCAUUGGCCAGAGAAGUUCUCCAAGACCAAAGAGAGCGUGUGGAGCAGCGUGCUGGAUCACCUCGACAAGUACAAGCCCUGCUUCAACAUCUACUUCAUCGGCGAGACGUGCCCGGACGUAUCCCAGCCCAUUGGCGGGCUGAAUCUCCCGCAGGGCCACUCCUGGCUGGAUCGCAAGCCCUUCAAGGCGGCCAUCCAUGUUAACGAGGGCAACACCACUUUCACGCAGUGCAGCGAAGAUCCCGUCUUCCUCGGCAACGGCGACUCGAGCAAGCCGCCGGAGGAGGAUGGAACGUUCGUAAAGGCCAUCCAGGGGGUCAACAAGACGUUCAUCUGGCACGGCGACUUGGACUUCAGGCUGCUAGCUGAUGGGAAUAUCCUGACGAUUCAGAACACGACGUGGCGCGGCCAGCAGGGCUUCCUCCACGAGCCGCGAGGUAUGCUCGCUGGCAGCAAGGGCGAGUGGCGUGGUACCUGGCACACGGAGCGUGGCUUGACUUGGAUCCGACCUGAGUAUGCCGGCCAUAUGAUCCCCAAUGAACAAGCUGACGACGACAUCAUGUGCUUCCGCCUCUCGCCCGCAGAGCAAGAGCCCGAACUUGCCCUGAAGAUUCACAAGGUUUUCCUCGAUCAGCUUCCUGAGACGGCUCUGGGCCACAAUUAGCGCCGGCGCAGGGCACUGACGAGACGUUUGUUGGCGGCAAGUUGGGAAAGUCGUGCCUGCCUAGCCUCGCUGUCACCGCUGGGCGCUUGCUUGUCCGCCCCCUCCUCGCUCCUUCCUCUUUACGUAUUCCCUCUUGACCUCCUCCUCCUCUUAGUCCUAUGGCCUUGUGCCUUCUUAUUUAUUCGCCAGCUUAUGCUAUUUGCUAUUCGCUGCUACCUGCACCAGCCUGCCUUGCGCCAGGAUCGCCCAGCAAACCCGCGCGGCCACCGCAUUGGUACGAUGGGCAGGAAU